AUGGUCGAGUCGUUUGAAAUGGGCGGGUGCGACGCGUGCAUUGCAGACGGUCAGGGCUUGAUUUUUCUCAAAAUGCCGCCGAACCCCAAGUUUGUGGAGUCACUGCGAAAGCAGGAGAAGCUCAAGCUCGCUGGCACCCGAGGCCGCGACCUGCCUCCCAGCACUCCUGCUGAUCCGUAUGGUCCGCCGCCUUUUGAGUGGGAGAGUGCGAUGUGCUUGAUGGGUGCAGGCAAUCGAGCCGUGGUAUCUACGUAUGGGAUCAUGCGGGGCCUGCACAAGAAGGGAAAGCUCAACCACUUUGACGGCAUCGUUGGAAUCUCCGGUGGCUUCUGGGCGUUGUCCGCCUACACCUUUGGUCUCGCCGACUUGACCGCUGACGGCGACGCCGAGGACUUGCUGCUGGACGUCAGCCGCGAUUGGAAGCCGGAGGCCAUCGCAGACCUCGAUGUGCUUGAGAAGGAGUCGAUGGGUUUUGCCACCACGCUACCCUUCGGCCUGCGCGAGAUCUGCGAGCUCCCCUUCUACAGCUGUGCAGAGUGCCUCAAGGCGGUUGGCCUUCCCGUGCCGGGCUGCCACGCCUUCUGGCAAGAAUCGGUGUACCGCACGUACCUCAAGACUUACGGCAUCCCCAAAGGCCGCUUCCUCGCCUCGAGCGAGGCCGAGGCCGAACGCAUCGUGUCCGGGCGGCCCGACCUCAAAAAGUCCGAUUUUCUGUGGCCGCGCCGCUGCGGCAAGACGCAAGACAACCCCUCUGGAGAGCACCGGAAGCCCGAGCCGAUGGCUCUGUACGCGAGCAUCAUGCCGACGGGGCUCAGCAACGCCAAUGGGCUCGGUGCGCUGAGCGAGCAGCAGGUGAAGGCGGCCAAGGGCGGGCUCGCCGACGCGAUUACCGCCCGGGAGGAGUACAAUGGGGUGACCACAGUUCCCUUCUUUGCCACGCCGACCGCCGCCGGCACGCGGUACGAGGCUGUGUACGUCGACGGUCGGAUGGCGCCGCAGGGGCCGCCCGAGAUGCGCUUCUUGAAGUGCCAGGCCAACACCGGAUGCAAGCCCCCCGCGCCGAUUCGGUUCAACAAGGUGCACCACCCUCCUCACGAAGCGCUCGUCGACCCUCCCGGAAGAACUUGUAUGUACGGCUACCUCGGCGACUUUAUGGUGCACGACUCGUGGGACGAGGUGCUGGGGCCAUUCUUGGAGGACCUGUGA